UGGUACAGACGACACUGCGCAGUCAUGUGCAAGACGUUCUAGUGGUGAAUUGUAUUAGUACUUACCUACAUCACAUGCAUUUGUAAAGGAGAGCAUUUCGUGUCGAAGUUCUUGCAAUUGCAUUAUCGUAUAGCAAACGAAAAACAAUAAUAGUGCCAAGAAUCAAGUGAAGGGAGAAAUAAUCGAAAAAGAACAAGAAUAGGAAAAGUUUAGAAGUGACAAAAAUCUACAGAUUUCUAUCAGUACCGGCCACACCAAAGGUGGAAAAAGUACAUUCCUGAAAGAGUGGAACAAAAGUAUAUUCAUACAAGAAAUGAGAAAAAGAAAGAAAGGAAAGGGAUAAUAGUAGUAGUAAUAGAUGAUGUAUAUCCUACAUUACAAUACUGAAAAAAAGUGACGUAUUCAAUAGGAAGAAAUAGACAGAACAAGUUACACAACAAAAGAAGACUCAUGCACAUAUCUUUAUUUUGUAAAAUCAAUAACUACAGCAGUGACUCAGAGGCACAACAGACUUAAAGAAGGAUUUUCUUUUUUUCUAAUAUCAACAUCUACGUGAAGUGUGCGAAAGCAGUCAGAACUCAAUCAUCGAGCUCCGGAAAAGUGGAUGAAACAGCUUGCUAUCUUUGGAAAACUACAAGACACAAAUUGCUCUUAACUCGCUUUCCUUCCAAGUAGAAUGACAACAGAUAUAUCUAAUUUUAGUAAUGUUCCCAACAAAUUGAACACUCUUCAAUCUGUCUCUGAGUGUGGUAGGAAAAUGCCAGAAAAUCUGUCUCUCCAGCAUCCACCCACAGAAAUUAACACAGUCUGGCACCAACGCAAGAAGCGAAAUUAUGAGCUGGAUGACAAAGUCGACGAAGCGAGCAGUGUGAGUAGGAACAAGACAAGGAUGCCAGCGUCUCCUACAGUUCCAUCUACGGGUAAGAAAAAGGUCUACAUGAUGCCGCCUAUGUCGAACCCAAAUGAAGAAAAGAGGAGAAGAAACGCAAUCAUUGCUUACAAAAACCGCCAACUUAAGAAAAAACAAAGCCAAGAUCUUCAUGAGAAAGUGAGGACCCUACAGGACACCACUGUACAACUGCAGGACAUCAAUCAGCAACUGGAUAAGAAUCUUAGAGAAUCUCACGAGCAGCAGACGUUCAUGAGUAACAUGAAACAGAAGCUCGAAUCCGAAAUAAUGUACUUGCAGUCUUUGUUUCAGGCACAAAAGGAAAAACUAGCUUUCAUGCAGCAACAUCUACGUCUUAUUAAUGGAACUAUUGAUGAGGAUGAUUUCACUCGAAAGCUCCUCAAUGCUCUUCAAGAACGCAUUCUUGUCUCCUCAUCUCCCCUCUCUUCUCCCAAACACAUCACCUCGCAGUGUAUAAUUUCACCUCCAUACAUCACAUAUGCCGGUAAUGCCUCGCCUCCCCUUUCCACCACCACGCUGCCCUAUAUCCAGCUGCCUCCCCUUUCUCCCAUCCCAAAGUCAUCUGCUGCCUCAUAAUGUACUGUAGAAAAUACGUAGAACUUAUUCUGUAUCUUUAAUGAGUAAUAUUUAUAUGUAGGGCAUACAUGUAUAAUAAGGUGUUGCUUGUGCCGUAAUUGUAUUUCUUUAUUUCCCUUUUACGUCCUUGAGACUUUUAGUACCUGAUUAAGAAAAGAUGUACCGUAGAACAAUAAAAAUAUAAAACAUUA